ACGCUGUCCUUUUCUUUUAUUUUACCGUUAACACUUAACAACAACAAAGAAUAAUAUGAAUAUCUGAGUUUGUCAUAAAUUAAAAAAAUAAAAAUAAUAAUCAUUCAUUUUCCUUUCAAUCUCACUACUUGUCAUAACUUAGGUCCAAAAAUGGAACUAAGCCGCAUCCCACAAAGCUAAAAAUUCAUCAUUUAACAAAAAUAAUGAACAAAGAGUUUUUUUUUCCUCUACCAAACCCCACAUACUCUUUCUUCUGAGACAUUCAAAGAACAUUAACAGAAUCUCACUUCAAAUCAACUACUCUUAACAUCCUCUUUCUCUCCAAUUUCCUUCCAGAUCCAUCCUUAGAAGAAUCUCCAAACCAAACAAAACACAAUGCAACAAAUCUAUAACAAUAAUCCUAACAACAAACAACAACCUCAAAUCUCUGAAAUGUUUCAGAAAUUCGCACUCGCUUUCAAAACCAAAACCUUCGAAUUCUUCGCCGACGAAGACGAAGACAACAACAACAACAACAACCUCGAUGAUUCCGACGGUUUCUCUCUCCUUGAUUCCACCGAAGAAAUCAUCACCGACCAAAAAGUCAUCAUCAUCAAACCCGAUCCAAACCCUUCUUACAUAACCGAUUCACCACCCAAAACGACGCCGUCAAGGGAAUUACUCAACCAAACGACGCCGUCAAGGGAAUUACUCAACCAAACAACGCCGUUGGUUACUCCGAACCAAUUACCCAGCGAAACGACGCCGUCGGUUACUCCGAACCAAUUACCCAACGAAACAACGCCGUCAGUUAUUCCAAACCAGUUACUCAAUGAAACGGCGCCGUCAAGGCAAUUACUGACUGAAACCACGUCGCAUGAUCUAAUCUCAUCGAUUUUCGCGGCGGUUUCGGCUUUUGAAGCUUCAUAUUUUCAAUUACAGAGCGCACAUGUUCCUUUUGUUGAAGAGAAUGUGAAAACUACUGAUAAAGUUCUUGUUUCUCAGCUUCAGAGACUUUCAGAAUUCAAGAAAUUUUAUUGUAACCCUAAUUUGUAUUCUAAUUUUCCUUUUGGUUCUUCGUUGGAAGCUGAAGUGGAAGAGAAUCAGAGUAAGUUGAGGACAUUAGGGACUGUGUCGAAUCGGUUGCAAUUGGAACUUGAACAGAAACAUGAUGAGGUUUUUAAGCUUAGGAAAAAGCUUAGUGAGAUUCAAAAGGGUAAUGUGAAUUUGUCUAAGAAACUUUGUAAUAGUAAUGUUGUUAAUAGUGGUUCGAGUUUGGGUUUGAAUUUGAAGCCUAGUUGUGAUGUUUUGUUAAGUGUUAGAGUUUUUGAUUCAUUGUUGCAUGAUGGUUUUAGAGCGGCACAUAAGUUUACGAAGAUUUUGAUUGGUUUGAUGAGGAAAGCUGGGUGGGAUUUAGGUUUAGCUGCUAAUGCGGUUCAUCCGGGUGUUGUGUAUUCGAAAAAGGGGCAUAAUCAGUAUGCACUUUUGUCUUAUGUUUGUUUAGGGAUGUUUCAAGGUUUUGAUUCAGUUAUUUUUGGGUUGAGUUCGGAGAAAAAAGAAGAAUUGAUGUCGAAUGGUGACACUGAUAUGUGUGAUUUAGAUUUAAAAGGGAGAAAUAGCUGUUUGAAGCAAUUGUUGGAGCAUGUUUCUAGCAAUCCAAUGGAUUUGCUUGGUAUUCAUCCGGGUUGUGAGUUUUCGAGGUUUUGUGAAAUGAAGUAUGAGGGGCUUAUUCACCCUUCGAUGGAGUCGUCGAUUUUUGUUGAUUUGGAUCAAAAUGAAGCGGUGUUGAAUUCGUGGAGGUCAUUGAGUUUGUUCUACGAGGCGUUUGUUGGGAUGGCUAGUUCCAUAUGGACACUACAUAAGUUGUCUCAUUCCUUUGAUCCUGCAGUUGAGAUCUUUCAAGUGGAAAGAGGUGCGGAGUUCUCCAUGGUAUACAUGGAUGAUGUGACAAAGAGGUUAACAUGGCCAAAUAUGGAAAGAGCAAAGGUGGGGUUCACUGUUUUUCCUGGUUUUAGAAUUGGGAAGGUAGUUAUUCAAUCGCAGGUUUACGUAACUAGUGUAAGUUUGACUGAGUAGUUCACAUAGGGUUCCUCUUGUACAAUAGAAAUUCAAGGGCACUUUCUGUAUUCAGAUGAGGCUGCUAUUUUGGAGGAACUAAAUCCUGUCGUUGGUUCUGAUCUGUGUUGUUAAAUAUCGACUGUAAUGACCCUAUAGUGUAGCGGAAUUUGAACAAAUCACUGUUGUUUUGUGACACGCUAUUUAAUAUUAAGUGUUGUCAGAUAGAGGCUAUAACAGUGUUAUAUGGUAGUGGAAUUGAACCGUUGUUUUCUGCAAUCUGUACGACACUGGUUCUGGUUUUAGUUUUCCCAGAAUUUGUCAAGAAAGAUGCCACUGUACUGAACUACUGACUGAAGAAGACAAUGCUAACAUUGCCCUAUGUACCUGAAGUUGUUUGCUUCUAUGCAUGAUGCUGAAGUGGGAUCAGUAUCGAUGGUGUCAAGUUUGAUUUGCAUUAUAUACCUAUGCCACGUGAAGAUCUGUAGUGUUUCUGCUGGUAUUUUCCACUCUUAUGUGUUAUUUUUCACUCCCAGUUUUGUUUUAAUGAUUUUAUAGGUCACUUGCAUAGAGUUAACUGUACAGAACAUUCCUUCUAUGCUGGGUACUCUGACAAAAAUACUUAGUAAAUUGUGUAUGCCACACUUACAUUACAUAUAACAAAUACUAAUGGUUUCUUCAGCAGCAACUCUUGAUCUCAACAGUAAUUGGUCAUAUAAUGUAACAUGCAAGUGAUAUCUAUAUAAGAUAAUGUCAUUGUACUAUUCGCUUUUGAAA